UUUCUCGGUUCUCCGUUGCACAGUUUCACGUCGCGUUUACGUUUCUUUCGUAUUCAUUUCGCUCGUCGUUCGCGUGACUCUCGAACUGUUGUCGGCGCCUCCGCCAGAUCGAUCAUUUUCAUUGUUUACAUCACAACAUUUUCGGUUCUGCCAAUAGAAAACUCAAAAACAAUUUGGGAAAACAUGACCAGACGGUGGCUGCCGGUGGUGUUUUGGUUGCUGGUCGGUCUGGGACGUGGUCAGCUGAUUAUCAACGUGAAAAAUCAGGGUGGCGAUGUGGUACAAGAAACAAUAUCAGCAAAUACGAGCGACGACACAAUCACGCUGGAAUUUCAACGAUCAGAUGGCACCCUAGUCACUCAACUGAUAGAUUUUCGAAAUGAAGUUCAGAUUCUCAAAACCCUGAUUCUGGGAGAAGAAGAACGGGGACAGAGUCAAUAUCAAGUGAUGUGCUUCGUAUUUCACUUUGCAAAGGAUACGUUUAUUUCAUCAGAUGCAAUGUCAAAGCUGAGACAAAAGAAUCCUAGUACUGUUAGGGUACCUGAGGAGGAUCUUGGAAGGGUUAAUCAUACAAUGGACUACACCGUGAUUAUAAAGCAUUCUGGAAUAAUUAGCCCAUUCAUAAGAGAAGUGUGUGCAGAAGCUGCGCAAGCUUCUUAUACCAGAUUUGAAGAUAUCAUGAAGUGGUCUAACAUACACGGAAUACCAACGGCCUCGUAUAUCCCCGCCCUAAAACGUUUCCCCACCACUCCCGAUUACAUCAACAACGAUCUCGCCUACCACGAAUCCUCACCUAGCGGUAUCACCAACUGUACCAACAUUAAAAAAAUGUGGACACCGUGCAUGUGCCAUUUGGAACAGUGUAUAGGUUGGUACCCUUGUGAGUUAAAAUAUUGCAAGGGCAAAGGGACGGGCAAAGGGUCGGUAUCCAGUUACAGAUGCGGCAUUAAAACUUGUAAAGUUUGUCAUUUGUUUGUUUAUUACGUUGGACAAAAGCAAUUGUGUUUGUGGGAUGAAUAGCGGUAAGAUGUAGAAGAAAUUUUUCACUGUAUAAAUAUUGUCUUUGGACCAAUCACUGUUCUGGAUAUUAGUUUAUGUAGGAGUAAGGUGUACAGUUUUAUGGAGGCUGUGACUAAAACGUUAUUUAAAACUCUUUAUUUGCUAAUUACGGUUUCUAAUAUAAUUUACUAGUGAUAGGAUGAUUAUAGCUUCUUAUAGCUUGACUAGAGGGCAGACAAUAAUUAUUACCGUUUUAUUUUCUUUGCUCAAAAAUAUGUAGAUAAAAAUGCAUAAUGUGUAUUAGAAAAUAUUGUAGACAUAAUUUUGCGACUGUCAAUCACACACAGGUAAAAGAAUGUAAAAAUUAGUUGCUUAGUGAAGUAUUUUUAAAGUCUUGUAAAUACGUAAAUCAGGAACAAAUUAAAUUGAUAUUUUUAUUGAAAA